UGCCAACUAAGGCUCAAAGUAGGUACUUAUAGUCAGCAUUUUGGGAAUAGAGGUAACCCAUACUUAUAGAAAAGUCCUCGUUUGAUUUCAGCUUAUCUAAAAGUACAGAUCUUGGGGUCCAAGAUGCAAUCUUCUUGGAUAAAAGUAACAGUGAGUGUAACAAUAUAGCAUCAAUUUAUAAUUUCUUUAAGUUUUACAUAAGCAAUGAGAAGUACUUGAGCCAAGCACUUGACAAUCUAAAUCCUCCUUCUAAGAUCAAUAAGGAGAAAAUAGGAAUGAUAUUUUCUAAACUUGAUCCAAAGGCAUUCCAAGCACUCUUCUGGCUAGUCUUUUAUUUUGAAUUCAAUCGCUUUAAAGACUCUAGGUUAGAAUAUUUCCUAAGAAAAUAACCUGAUCAAAGCUUAUGCAGACUUUUACAUGAAGGUAACUCAGUCAGAAAGAGAUGCGAUUAUUGAUUAUCUUCCAUUUUUGCUCGGAUUUGCUGCACUGAAAUGAUUUUAUUAUACAUUCCCAAGCUCAAGAGCACUUUUCUCUAAGAAAUUUGGUACAAAGUUAUUUCAGUAUGUGAUACUUGAGCUUCAAGGAGUUGCUAUUUCUGAUAUAUUCGUCGAAAAAUAAGGUCCUCAAAAUAUUUGAUGAAGAUAUUCUGGCAUGGGUAAACAAGACAGCAGAUACACCAGAUUCUACUAACACUCCUGCUGUAUCACAAGCUGUUAGAAGAAAAUAAGAAGCAGAGACUCUCUCUUCCAAGAAAUUUGAAGAGAAUACCUGAAAGUGGUGGCAAAUAGGGAAUCUUUUGUCAACAAAGACAUCUCAAUGCUUCUCACUAUACCUAAGAAGAAAGAAAAAGUCAGGGUUGCUAAAAAGAAUCUCAAAAUAAUAACACUGCCUAAAAAUAUGGCACGAAUCCAAUAUGAAAAAAGGCAAAUCAAAAGUUCACAGAAAAUACAUCGUGGCGAUAUCUCUGCUAGCAGAAAUGAGCCUAUCACACCAAAUAAGAAAGUGAGGUUUGAUCUGGAUGCCAGACCACCAGCUCUUAAGCCAGCAAGGAAGAUGUCUAAUACUUCUAUGGGGACAGAGAUCUCAAACCCCUUCGAAUCUUUGGAGAUUCCUCCUGAAUAUCUAUCAAAUCUUGACAAGAAGCAGCUAAAUGUUUCACUACUUAAAACUCUAAGUGAGGAAAGGAUCAUGAAGUUGAAGAACAGGUCUAAAAAUAUUGUAAAAAUGGUACAGGCUCUCAACCACGAUAAAAGAAUUAGGAGAAAAACACAGGAGACUAGCCAUAAAGUAGAAAAAACUACACAUGAGAAUUUAUUACUUAAAAGGACAGUAGAUGGAUUAGAGACCUUUGAAAAGUUAAUGAAGGAAUCAGGUAAUGAACACAAAGAUAAAACAAUGAAAAAGUCAGGAAGCGUCCCUAAUAUGCGGAUCUAUCUUGAGAUGAUCAAAUCAGGAAAGUCGAAACCUAUCAGAAGAAUGCGGAGGUCUAGUCAAAUGCUUAGCUAUAAAGCAAGAGGGUUGUCGCUGAUUCAUAAAGAUCCCAGAAGAACAGCAUUCAUUAAUAAUUUAGCCCCUAGGACUAGGUUACUCCAGAAGGUGCCUUCUGUAAAGAGUUUGAAAAAGAUGAAUUUUAGAUCACGUAACCCCAAGAAUGAAUAUUUUGAGUGAUCAAUGCUUAGUCCUAUCAUUAAGCACUAUUAUGGGUUGAACAACUUAGCUGCAACACCGAAUGUAAAAUUUAGGACUCAUCUUUAA